GUAUAUUCAACAAUAUUGUGAUUUGUGACUUGUGACUUGUGGUAUUAAGACUAUUAGCACAAACACAUAUUCUUUCCCAAAAGGCAAAUAGGUUGCAAAUUAUAUCUCAAAGUAUGAAGACCUCGAACGUCUUCCUUCUCUUCUUUCUCACAUCUUUCAUGAUUAUCGGAAAUGAAGUGGCCAUGGGGACAAGAGUCGAUACCGAAGCUGCUAAGAGAGAUGUGUUUCUUGAGAAGAUGGCGACAACGACACCAACAACAGUGAAAUGGUGGUUAAGUGUGGCUGCAGAUUAUCAUUUAGAAGGGAAGUGGCCAUGGUGCAAUUGGUGUUGUAAUCCUGUCGUCGGAAAACUGUGUUGCAUGAAUUGUAAUGUUUGCCCAAAAGAGGGUUGUCGUGCUAUGUCAGGACGUAGUGACGAUAUUGAUUUUGAUUUUUUAUUAUUAAGGUACAAUUAAUUGUUUUGUCAAUAAAUUAUGAAAACAAUUUUCUCGCAAUUUAUCCCUUUUUUACAUCUAAUAUAAGACUAAUCUCAUCAUAUUUAGAACAUAAACACGGUAACUGUGCUGCUUGCGGCGAUUGCGCAACUUCAGUUGAAUAUCAAGAUUGAAAUAUGAAAUGCUCAGACCAACAAUUGUAAUUCUUCCUUUCCGAAAACACAAUUGCUAUUAAUUAUUGAAAAAAACGUUUCUCAUUAUUUGUUGUAUUAUUAUUAAAUGGUAAUUACAUAAAAAUGAUAUUUAAUUAAAAGGUAUUUAUACAAAAAACAAUCAUUGGAAAGAAAAUAAAUAAUCUUUAGCAUAGUUAAAGAGAGUAUAAUUAAAAAGAAAGAGUUUUUUUAUAGAAACCUGUGUUACGGGGGUGUUAUAGUUACUGUAGCUCCGCUCCUGAAUAUUAAUGUACUGAGUAGAGCAAUAUAUAUAUAUAUGGUGACUACUUCGGCGCACUCACAAAAAUGAGUGCGUUCAAUGCACCCAACUCAAAAACUAGUCUUAAGGAGUCGGAUUUUGAAUUUUAAUUUGUAGAAUUAGUAUAAUAUGAUGAUAUAACAUAUGAUAACAACUAAUUAGUGGAUUACCCUAAGCCCUAGACCUCCAAUUUUGAGUUCUAUUCCUAAACCCCAAACUGUAAACCCUAAUCCUAGCCUUAGAUCUUUAAACUCUAAAUCCUUCAAAUUAAAGCAAAUCUUUCAGGGUUUUUGUGCAAAUUCAUGUGCGUUAUUGUUCAUCACAUCAUAAGUGAUGAUUGACAUCAUUUUGACAUAAAUCUCAUGUUUAAAAUGACGAUUAUGAAGUGAGUGCACUGAAUGCACCCAAAAAAGUGAGUGCACCGAAAACACCACCAUAUAUAUAUAUAUAUAUAUAUGGUGGCUACUUCGGUGCACUCACUUUUUUGGGUGCACUCAGUGCACCCAUUUCUAAAAGUGUUCAUAAUACAUCAAAUUUUGAACUUUAAUUAGUACUCUCAAUCUAACAUGAUGAUAUGACAUAGAAUCAUAACAAAUCAAUCUAUUACCCUAACCCCUUAACCUUCAAUUUUGAAUCCUAAUGCAAAAUCUCAAACUGUAAACCUAAACCUUAACCCUAAACCCCUAAAUACUAAAUCCUUCAAAUUAAAGUAAAUCUUAAAUGAUUUU